CACCUCAGUACCAGGUAACCAUCCUAACAGUGUAGAACUGGAGAUUUUAACUCUGUAAAGUAUAAUGACGCGCUAGCGUAGACCCAACUCCCAUUCAUUCGCAGCAAAAUAUAGCCUAGCAGAGAUGUAAACCAUCACGGUUUAGGUGAAUGUGAAAACUCGCGUGGGUUAAAACCAGCGUUGAAAUCUCUCAACAUUAAAACUAUAAAACCCAGCUGUAUAAUGAAUCCUGUAAAAAUACUUGUGAGAACACUUGUUAUAUUCACUGCUAUAUAUACUGUGAAAGGGACAACGUCCCAAGAACUAGAAGAACAAUUACUUAAAAAUCUUGGAAUGAAAAGACGACCUCGAUCCAGUUCCAGGCAUAUCCCUGAUCAUAUGAUAAGAAUGUACGAGGCCCAGUCGGGUUUAAGUUUUGAAACAACAAAUUUUCCAACAGCAGGGAAACAUACAGACACAGCAAACACUCUGAGAAGUGUACCUGCAACAAGAGACAGUGCUUUACUCAAUCAAAAUAAACUUAGAACUUUUUUAAAAUUUGACAUCGGUCAUUUGCCGAACGAAGAGCUGAAAGCAGCCGAACUUCGAGUUCACAUUAAUCCCUCGCUGCGGGGGAAAGUGUCGAAAAAACAUCGUCUUUUUAGCCUUUCAGUACUCGAGGUUAUUCAAGCUAAACGAGGUUCGGCCCCGUUAAUGAGAUUACUUGAUACUAAACCCCUGGAUUGUUUAGAUGAAGUUACAGAGGGUUGGUUUACACUAGACGUACUCCCUGCAGUGGAACGGUGGCAGGGUGGUAAGGGAAGCGGCGGGCUUGUUAUUCAGAUAAAAGGUGGUGGUGGGGGAGGAAGUGAGAAUGUAGAUUGGGCGGUCAGCUUCCCAACCCUUCUAAUAUACUCAGACGACGGACGGGGGAAAAGUCGAAGUACAAGAAGUACUAAACCAAAGCGGAAACAUCGACGAAAACCAGGAACUCGACAUAGAGAUAGAAACUGUCGUCGGCACAAACUUUACGUCGACUUUCAAGAUGUUGGUUGGAACGACUGGAUUGUGGCUCCGCCUGGUUAUCAUGCCUACUUCUGCCACGGCGAAUGUCCCUUCCCAAUGGCGGAUCAUUUGAACUCAACAAACCACGCCAUUGUACAAACUUUAGUGAACAGUGUAAACCCAAGCGCAGUGCCGCGUGCCUGCUGUGUGCCGACCGACCUAUCACCGAUAUCAAUGCUCUACCUUGACGAACAAGAGAAGGUUGUCCUGAAAACCUACAAGGACAUGGUAGUGGAGGGGUGUGGCUGCAGAUAGUCCUCCCCCCUCUUCUUGAAUCUAACCUCGCAGGCUGUGUUAGCCCCCCCUGGGGGCGUAUCUCUAUUUUGGGUUUAAACCCCCUCGCCACCCUCCUCCUCAGUCAGGCGGUCAACCCCGCCCUCACGUAUAUACACUCAGUAAUCCAGUUGAUCAGCAGUAGAAGCAGUGGGAUAGAGUAAUCUUAAUAUUAUAAUUAUGUAGCAUUUCACUUUAUCUAUAUUAUAUUAAAAUAAAUAUUCAAACAUUGUCAA